AUGGCAGAUAAUGUUUCAAUUCCAAUUGGAACAAGAGUUGCAAUCAGUGGAAAGCCAGAAUUGGGUAUAGGUACUGUUAAAUAUUGUGGUAUGACAAAGUUCAGUCCUGGUCGUUGGGUUGGUAUAGAAUUAGAUACUCCUAAUGGUAAAAAUGAUGGUGUAGUUCAAGGCGAAAGAUAUUUUGAAUGUAAACCACUUCAUGGUUUAUUUGUUAAACCACCAAUGGCAAUUAUACAAGAAAGUUCACCAACAACUCCAUCAAUUGAUUUAACUGAUGCACCUUUACCAGUUCCAACACCUUCAGUUACCACUCCAUCAAAAGUAGCAGCAUCAUCUGGUAUAAGACCACCAUCAUCAACUGGUAUUAGACCACCAUCAUCAUUAGGCAAAGGUAGACCAAGUUUAACAGGUUCAUCAUCAACCCCUACACCAACAACUUCGGCAGUUAAAAAACCUGCUGGUGAAUCUGGAUUAAGAAGACCAAGUACAAUACCAUCAACAUCUGAUAAAACCAGUACAUCACCAUCCCAAAACACAACCUCACCACCACCUGAAAAAAUUGAUGAUACAACUAUCCAACCAUCACCACAAAUUGAAUCACCAACAUCAACCACAACAACAACCACAACAACAACAGCACCACCACCACAACCACAACAAACCCCAUCUAAAAUUCCAAGACCACCAUCCUCAUCAUCCUCAAGACCAUCAUUAAUUCCAAAACCAGCAGCCACCAGCAAUACUAUUGAACAACCACCUCAACAAACACAACAAAAACAACCAGACCAACCAAUUUCUACCCAACCACAACCAUCACCAUCACCACCAACAAGUUUAGCAACACCAUCAAGUGAAAAAAAGAAAUCUAAAAUUGUUCAAGGCGAAGAUGAAGAAGAGGAAGAAGAAAUUAAUGACUUAUUAAACAAAUCUUUAGCAACUGAAAAACAAAACUCUGCAGCUCAAGCAAACAUUGAAAAGAUGAUGAAUUCAAUUAACGAAUUAACAGAAUUUAAAAUCAAAUCAACUGAAGAAAUUGACUCACUUAAAGAGAAAUUAAAAGAUACCGCUACAAACAAAGAUAAACAAAUUAAAGAGCUUGAAAAACAAAUUCAACAACUAGAAAAAACAAUUUCAUCAAAAGAAAAAGAAAAUGAAAAUUUAUUAAAAAAUCAACAUAAAAACGAGGAACAAAAUGAAACAUCAAAAAAUAAAGAAAAAAUUGAAUUUGAAAAGGAAAAACAAAAUUUAUUAGAACAAAUUAAUCAAUUAAAUGAAAAUUUAGAAUUAUUAACAUUAGAUAAAGAAGUUACAGAAGAGAAAUUAGAAUUUACAACAUUAGAAUGUGAAGAGGUUAAAGAUGAAUUAGAAUUAAUGAAAAUUGAAUUUGAAACCAUGAAAUUUAGAUUACAAGAAGAAAGACCCAAUAGAAGUGUUGAUGAAAAUUUACCAACUGACGUUAUAGUUUUACAAGAACAAAACGAAAAACUUAAAGAAGCAUUGGUUAAACUUCGUGAUAUCACAAUGAAUGACAAACACGAAAUGUCAAAGAAGAGUAAAGAGCUUGAAAGUAUUACAAAACAAUUUAUGGCACUCAAUGAUAAAUCAAAUCGUCUCGAACAAGAAUUGGCUGCAAAAGUUGAAGAGGUCAUUGAAUUAAAACAAGCCCUCGAAGAUGCUGAAAAUAGUGAAUCACUUGUCACCGAUCUAUCCGAAAGAAAUUUAGAAUUGAGCGAAGAGGUAGAAGAUUUAAAAGCAACUGUAGCCGAUUUGGAAUCUUUCAGAGAUCUUUCAGAAGAACUUAGCGACAAUCAAGCUGCUCUUGAAAAAUCACUUCGUUUAGAGGUCAAUAGUAAAGAUAUUGAAAUUCUUAACCUCAAUGGUCAAUUAGCCAAUCUUCAAAUUAAGAGCCAAGAAAACGACAAAACCAUUAUGCAAUUCAGAGAUCUUGUUGGUAGACUUCAACACAAACUUGAAGAGCUUAGAAGAAAAGAAGAGGAGCAAUCUGAACAAAACUCGUCAUGGAGUGCAAUCCAACAACAAUUGCUCAGCAAGAAUAUUCAACUCCAAAACCAAGUUAUCAAAGCCACCGCACUCGAAAUCGAUCAUCAAUUGGAAAAGAACAAAUCAGUCGAGUCUCAAGUUCAUUUAUCAUUUGUCUAUGAAUACUUACCAGAACAAACUUUCCAAUCAGAUAACGAUGCUAUUAGUAUGCUUUUAUUAUUAAAACGUGUCAUUUUGAAAUCAGAAUUAGCCCAACGUUAUUUAAAUCGUACCUAUAAAGUCGAAGAGAUUGGUAAUAAAGUUAGUGACUCCACCGAUGAAACUUUGACAUCCAACCAAGUUGCCCAUUCUCUUCAAAUCAUUCACAUCCUCGAACAUUUAGCCAUCUCUGCCACCUGGCUAACAGAAACUCUUGAAAGAUGCCAAGCCGACCAAUGGUUACGUUCUGGUAGAUCUGUUAAGGAUAUGAGAAACCAAGAAAGAAUACUCGAUCAUUUAUUAGAUCUCAUUAAACAAGAAAGAUUUGGUUCCUCCUAUAACGGUCAAGACCUUGAAAAGAUUUGUCAAAGAUUAGACUCACUCUUAUUAAACAUAUUUGGUGAUAAAGAAAGCAACAUCUUUAAACCAGAAUGGUCAAUCCUCUUAAACUAUAUUUUAGGUAUUCAAUAUAACAUCAAACAAAUUAUGCUCAAUGACAUCAAUAUUGUAUCAGUUACAAAUUCAAACCAAAACAUUUUCCCACACAAAGAAAUGUCUACUGUAUUAUCAGUUUGUAGAAAAGUUGUAAAGAAUCUUCUCACCAAACCAUACCUCUCACAAUCAUCAAUCGUUCGUGAUUUAUUAAAGAGCUCCGAACAUACCUGUAAAUCCAUUCUCAUCGAAAUCAUUCAAGUACUUCCAAAGAUUGAAGAAGAUCCAACAAAUAGUGCAAUCAUUGAAGAUUUGAAUAUUAGAGUUCAAGCUAAAUGUGAUUUAUUAGUCUCCCAAAAUCAAAACAAUGAUGAAAUCGAAAUUGAUGGUCACCAUGACGAAGAAGAAUCCAAACUCUCAUCAUCAUUAGAAAAAGUAUUCUAUAGAAUGAAUAUUCAAUUAAGCGACGUUGUUGAAUCCAUUAUUGCAGGUGAUCUCAAUCUCUCCGAAAAAGACAAAGCAGCAUUAGAAAAAACACAUCCAUGGACCGAAAGAGCCAAUCAGCUUAAACAAUCAUUAGGCGAAGUUGGUCAACUUAGAGAUAUCAUUUCAACUAAAGAUCAAGAACUUUUAGAUAAUCUUAAAACUAUCAAAGCCAAAGAAGCUGAACUUAUCGAAGAAAAACGUAAAGAGGAAUCAUUCGACAAGAGAAUUAGAAUCCUUCAAAAAUCUGAAAAUGAAGUAACCGAAAAACUUCAAAAAGAAAUUAAAUCUCGUGAAGAAAAUGAAAAGACAUUCCGUCAAGCACUUGCUCAACUUCGUAACGAAAAGAAUUCACUUGAACAUGAUUCAAAACUUUUACAACAUAAAAUCAUUUCACUUCAAGCUGAACUCCAAAAGAAAGCAAAUGCACCUGCUUCACCAUCUGCAUUAGCAAAUCAAGAGUUAUUACGUUCAGUCGAUGACAUUCAAAUCUUAUCAUUGAAGAAAUCCAUUAGAUUCUUAAGAAAUGAAAACUUGAAAUUAAAAUCUCAAAAAUCAAUUAAAGAAUUACAAGAAUUAAAAUUAAUUGAAAAUUAUAAUAACAAAUUAUUGUCAUUAAACAGCAAUAACAAACCAUCAUCAGUAAGCAGCACACCAGGAGCAUCAUCACCACAACCAGUUACAUCCUCCUCAUCAUUAAGCAGCCAACAAAUUUUAGAACAACAAUCAAAGAAACAACAAAUCAAAUUUAAUGAAAUUGUUGAAUACUCUAAACAAGUUAACCAUAUGAUGGUCAAUAUCUUGGAAAGCACUGCUGCUCCAAAAGUUUUAGAUUUAUCUGCUAAAUACAAUAAUCAAUCUUCAAUAGAGAAAACCAAUGCUAAUGAAAUUGAAAAUCAAAAAUUAUUAUUAAAACAACAAGAAAGAAAAGUUAAACAACUUCAAUCUAAAAUUACCUCUUUCAUUUCCUCUUCCUCUUCUCAAUUUGGUUUAAAUAACUAUGCUGACGCAAAUCAAUCUAGAAUGUUAAAAGAAUCAAUUCCACACAAAAUUGCCUCAAUUACAAUUCCUACUUUGGAUACCAACAAUAAUAUAAACAAUACUACUAAUAAUAACAAUAUUAACUCUUUAAUGCUUGACAAAGAUAUUCAACAAGCUUUAAAUUCUACAAUUUUACCAAAUCCAAUUUUAUUUACAAACAAUCAAACAUUUAAAAAUAUUCAUCAAGUAUUUGUAAAAUAAAAUAAAGUAAAAAAAUAAAUAAAGAAAAUUAAAAACACAUUCAAAAAAUU